AUGGCAUUGAUCCCGAGAUGGAAGGCAGCAGCCUUGCUAACUUGGGUUCUGGCUGCAGAUAUUGUAAAUUGUUUACCAAGUCAGUUUGUUGGUACCGCUGCAGAGCGGAUUCUACAGGAAACAGCUACAGAGUCACCUGCAACAUUUGAAACGCAGUAUCCUCCCAAUAACGCAGAAGAGAGACUGCUGAUUCCAGAGACAAAACCUGUAUAUCGUGUUGCGUUGGAGGACGACGGUCACCCUUCGCAGCUUCCCUGGCCGGGUGUUGAUAUCGAUCAUUUCCUUGACGACUUUGACGACUUUUUCUCCGAGGCCGAACCAUCUCAGCAAGCUCAACAGGCUCAGCAACCUCAACAAUCUCAAAAGCCCCCACAGAGAGCAGACCCGACUGGAAAGCCUGCUGCGACUGAGAAAGCACAACUUCCACAACCUUCCACACUUUCAGCCGAUCAAGCACCAACUGGCCCACCUGGUUCUCCCGGUCCAGCUGGCAAAACUACCGGCAUGAAUAACCAGGAUAUCUUCCAACCAGUUGCGACUGGAGCGCCGCCGGCCAAUAUCAAGAGUCGCCACGACCACCCCGUCGUCAACAAACAUGCCAACUCGACUGCUCCCAUCGAGACGAAUAAGUUCUAUGCGGGCUUGUUCCUAGGAUCUCAAUCCAAUGCUAGCUUCACUCAACCAUACUCAGUGGCAUGGUCCAGGGGACAGGGUACUCUGAAGAGCUGGGGAGUUUCUGCGUCUCACGUUGAACCAAACGUUCUAGCCUUUGGCCCCAAAAACCACAAGAUCCCUGGUGAGCCAGUUGAAUACUAUAUCAACCCGGUCGGACUUCAGCAUGUUAUCCUCUCGGCUUCAGAACUUGACGAAUCGAGUGUGCUCAGUGUUGAGGAGCCGAAAGCAUUCUCCGCCCAUGCCGUGCUGAAGCGCUCCGCAGGAUCAGCGCAAUCGAUCACGUUCCCAGUCGUUCAGGGUAUGGGUUACGUGACAGGUAUCUACAAUGACUUGCAGCCACUUAUUGAGAGUGGCGUGUUUUUCAACAAAGUGGUCAGUGCUGGGUCUCCCAAGCCAGGUGUCUUCAAGUAUCAGGUGCUAUUGGAAGACGAGACCCACUGGGUGCUCUAUGCUACUCCGGAAGAUGGCAAGGACCCAAAGCUCAAGUUGGUUUCGAAGUCUAGUAUUCGUGGUCAGCAUGGUUUCUCGGGUACCAUUCAGAUCGCAAAGAACCCAGCUGGAAAAUCUGGUGAGAAGUUUUAUGACAACUCUGCUGGUGUUUAUGCUGUCGGUGGUAAGGUUACUGGUUCCGUUACUGGCGACGUGGGUAGCUACAGUCUGUCUUGGGCGAAAGCCGGAAAGCACGCCAAUGGCAGCCCGCUAAUUAUGUUUGCUCUGCCGCAUCACGUUGAGUCCUUCAAUCGCAACACUCGAGGUCGGAUCACCGAUAUCCACCUGCGCACUACAACUAAGGGCAACGCUACCGCUGUAAUUGGCGAGAAUUGGACAAUGACUGAGCAAAACCUUCCCAUUGAUAUGGGAUUCGCUCCUUGGUCUCCACACCACGGGAGCGCUCACAGCCUUUCCGAGAGCGCCCAGCAAGCCAUUCUCAAGAUUGCUCCCAAAGAGUUGAGCCAAAAUAUGUCGGCCCAGACCGAUUUGAACAGCAUGUACUACAGCGGUAAAGCUCUCAGCAAGUUCGCCACUUUGAUCUACACCGUGAACCAACUGGGUAACGAUGCCGAGAUUGCAAGCGCUGCCUUCCAGAACCUGACGGAGAGCUUUGAUCUUUUUGUGCAAAACAACCAGCAGUUCCCACUGGCAUAUGAUACUGUCUGGAAGGGUGCUGUCUCGACUGCUGGCUAUGCCGGGGAUCUGAAUGCUGAUUUUGGAAACACUGCCUACAAUGACCACCAUUUCCAUUAUGGAUAUUUCAUUCAGGCUGCGGCUAUCAUGGGAGCCCUUGACCCAAGUUGGCUGGCCAAGAAUAAGGACUGGGUCAACAUGCUGGUUCGUGACGCUGGUAACUCUGUUGAGGAUGACAGCUACUUCCCCUUCUCUCGUGGCUUUGACUGGUUCAAUGGCCACUCAUGGGCUAAGGGAUUGUUUGAGUCCUACGACGGCAAAGAUGAGGAGUCUACCUCGGAAGACACCAUGUUUGCCUAUGCUAUCAAGAUGUGGGGUCAAACAACUGGCGACGCCAGCAUGGAAGCUCGUGGAAAUAUGAUGCUGGGCAUUAUGCGCCGCUCUCUGGAUAACUAUUUCCUGAUGCAGGACAACAAUAAGAACCAACCAGCAAACUUCAUUGCAAACAGGGUGACUGGUAUUCUUUUCGAGAACAAGGUUGAUCACACCACAUACUUUGGCAACAGCUUGGAGUUUGUUCAAGGAAUUCACAUGUUGCCUCUCCUCCCCCAUUCUGCGUACACUCGUCAACGCAGCUUUGUGAAGCAAGAGUGGAAGUCCAUGUUCGCAUCCGCUGCUUCCACCCCAGCCGAGAAAGUUGAAGGAGGGUGGAAAGGCGUCUUAUAUGCUAAUCUCGCCUUGAUUGAUCCUCAAGCUGCUUGGGACUUCUUCUCGCAAGGUGAUUUUGACUACAGCUGGAUUGACGGCGGUGCAUCACGGACUUGGUACUUGGCUUAUGCCGCAGGACUCGGCGCCAAACCAUAG